AUUGUAGCUCGAUCCAGCAAUGAAAGUUGAUUUUGCUACAAGAUGGCGUGCAAAUAUAGAUAUAUUUUGUUUUUAGUUUGAAGAGUUGUGUCACGUAUCGUUUAUCUAUUAUCAAAUUUUACAAUCUUAUCUUAAUCUAAAACAAUAAAUUAUAUGAUAAAAAGAAUUUAAAAAAUUAUAUUUUAGUAAUUUUUUUUUUCAUUUUUUGAUUUAUCAAAAUGAAAAAUAUAUAUAUAAAUGGAAAUGAACGAUAACCUAAAAUUUUGCAAACAAUUCCAAAGAAUUUAUAUACAAAAUGCUUCAGACAUUACGUGAACGUUCGCAAAAACGCAAGAAAUUACUUGCUCAAACGCUAGGUGUUUCGAGUGUGGACGAAUUACGACAAAUUCUCGGAACGGAUAUCAAUGAUACGCAGAAGAAAAAAUUAAAAUCGGUGGCAGAAAAAUCGGAAAAUGGAGUAAAAGAUUCGAAAAGCGAGGUGGUUACGACCGAUGAAAUCGUUUACAAAGACUCGUCGACGUUUUUAAAGGGAACACAAUCAUCAAAUCCGCAUAAUGAUUAUUGUCAACAUUUCAUCGACACGGGUCAACGACCGCAGAAUUUUAUCAGGGAUGUGGGUUUGGCGGAUAGAUUCGAAGAAUAUCCGAAAUUACGGGAAUUAAUUAAGUUAAAGGACGAUUUAAUCGCGGAAACUGCAACACCACCCAUGUAUCUUAAAACUGAUUUGCUCUCGUACAAUUUGAAAGAAUUGAAUUGCAAAUUUGAUGUAAUUUUAAUUGAGCCUCCGUUGGAAGAAUAUCAACGCACCUGUGGCGCUACAAACGUACAACUUUGGAAUUGGGACCAGAUAAUGGAAUUAGAUAUCGGCGAAGUAGCGGCUAAUCGAAGUUUCGUAUUUCUCUGGUGCGGCAGUAGCGAUGGAUUAGACAUGGGACGCUUUUGUCUUCGAAAAUGGGGUUUCAGACGAUGCGAAGAUAUAUGCUGGAUUCGAACCAAUAUCAAUAAUCCAGGACACAGUAAAAAUCUGGACAGUAAAGCCGUUCUUCAAAGAACCAAAGAACAUUGUCUGAUGGGUAUCAAGGGAACUGUUAGACGAUCCACAGAUGGAGAUUUCAUUCAUGCCAAUGUCGAUAUCGAUCUGAUUAUUUCAGAGGAACCCGAAUAUGGUUCUAUAGAAAAGCCUGUCGAGAUUUUUCAUAUAAUAGAACACUUUUGUCUUGGUAGACGACGAUUGCACUUGUUCGGUCGAGACACCACUAUUCGACCAGGAUGGCUUACUGUUGGACCCGAGCUAACUAACACGAAUUUUAACGCAGAUCUUUAUAGUAGUUAUUUUGCCAAUGGACAAAUCACCACUGGUUGUACCGAACGUAUCGAAGCUCUCAGACCAAAGUCACCACCACCUAAGGGAAAAGUUGCAGGUCGAGGUAGAGGCGGUUUUAAUCGAGGACGAGGCAGAGGAAGGUAAAACAACGCGGCCGCGCUGAUACUCGUGUUUCAACUCCUUUCUUCAAAUAAUAAUCAUCUGUAUACAUCAAACAUUACCAUAUAUUGGCAAUCCGAUAUUUUUUUCGUUAAAA